CUGUGGUCGAAAACUUUGGCUUCAGUUAGGCGGAUUUGCGAGAUUUGAGUUUUUUUAUUAGAUUUCAGCGAGUUCUCACCAAGAAGUCUCAUAUUAUCGAAGACUUUUGGAUAAAUACCAAUGAAAGCUCCGACAUGAAUUUAAGAAGUGUUGUUUCGUAUUUGGCGCACGCUUUCACUUUCACUUAAAGUCGACAUUUUGUUCAAUGAAAUCGGAGUUGGUUUUCAGAAUGAAAUUGAUAAAGGCGAUUCUUGCCUUUUUGGUAGGAUGUUUGCACCUCUUUCCAGUGCCUGGUGUAUCUGGUGAUGAUACAGAUGAAGUGUCUGCGAUGGAGGGAGAUUCAGUCAUUCUACACACUGGUGUUAACAUAAACAAAGAAGAUAGAAUGACAUGGUAUUUUAAUAAAAUUCGUAUAGCUUUUAUCAAUGGAGAUAAGUAUAAAAUCUGUACAGAUGAUCAGUGUCCCCAGAGAUUCAGAGACAGACUGAAGCUGACAGACAGUUCUCUUACGAUCACAAACAUCAACACUUCAGAUGCUGGAGUUUAUAAAGUAGAGAUCACCAGCCGUAACAUCGCAAAGAGCUUCAGUGUUACUCUCCAUGAUGUUUCUGCUGCUGAACGAGAUCAAAUGAAGAGAAAGUCAGUGAAGGAGGGAGAAUCUGUCACUUUAGAUCCUGGAGUAGGAAGAAAAGCAAAUGAUGUGAUCAUGUGGUAUUUUAAUGAGACUCGUAUAGACAUUAAUAGCUGUACAGAUGUUCAUUGUGUCGCUGAAGAGAAAUUCAAAGACAGACUGAAGCUGGAUCAUCAGACUGGAUCUCUGACCAUCAGAGACAUCACAAACACAGACUCUGGAGAAUAUGUUCUAGAGAUAACCAGCAGCAGAAGCGGCAUCAUGAGGAGCUUCAGUGUUGCCGUCAUUAAUUCAGGAUUGUCUUCAGCUGCUGUAGCAAGAAAACAUUAUGGUGCUCUUGUCGGUGUCCUGUUUGCUGCUGCUGCUGCUGUUUUUGUGAUCACAAGCAUCAGAAAAGAAAAAAAUGGUGGAUCAAGUUCCCUGCCCUGACUCUGCUCUGACUCUGCUCUGACUGGAGAAUGGGAUGUCCUCAAAUCAGACUGAUGCUACCAGCGAGAUGUUAGUGUAUGGAUGAAUGAGACAUUUAUAUAGUGCUUUAUUGUGUAUUGCAGUUCACACAAAGUGCUUUACAACCAUAUGGGGAGGUCUCUCCUCACUGAAAAAGAACAACUCCCUUAAGCACUGGCUUUCAGCUAGUAGCCUUUGUCGAUUUAUAAUUUCACAAAAUGGAUAGUAGUAUAAGUAAAAAAGAUAAUUCUACUCAGCUGAGAGUGGUUGAUGCCAUGGCAGUCACAGGACAACAGCGCCAGUGCGCUCACCAUACACCAUCUACACGGAGGAGAGGAGAGAGAGUCAUAGAGUCAAUUCAAUGGAUGGAGGUUAUUAGGAGUUCAUGAUUGACAAGGGCCAGUGGAGAGAAUUUUGCCAGGACACCAGGGUUACACCUCUAAAAAAUACUUUUUACAAGAAGUGUCAUGGGAUUUUUAAUGAAAACAGAGAGUCAGGACCUCGUUUUAAUAUCUCAUCCGAAGGAUGGUGCUUUUUGACAGUAUAGUGUCCCCCUCACUAUACUGGGACAUUAGGACCCACACAGACCACAGGGUGAGCAUCACCUGCUGGCCUCAAUAACACCUCUUCCAGCAGCAACCUUGUUUUCCCAAGUAUCCCUGGCUGCAAUUGAUAAUGAAAAGGGUUAUGCUAGAAUAAUUUGAAUAUUUUGAAUAAUCAAUAAUAUGCCAGGACACAAUUAUUUCCCUGUUACUUAUUUGGUUGAAACUGUUCAGUUAUUUUUGAUAGAGGAACAAGUUGGCAUUUAUAGAUAUCUAUUUGGUGAAGCAUUAAUUAACUGACAAUCUAGCACUGGCAUAUAAUGCAUGUAAUUGACAAUGGAUUACUGACACAUGAAACAGCAGUCUGGGUCCUCGGUGCUAUCAUAAAAUCCCCUGAAGGAAUUCCCAUUUCCAUACUAACCAAAGCAGGAUUUGAAACAGUGAGUAUAAUAAAAGAUGACAGUUUCAAAGACCUGCAAACAGAAACAAGUACAGACCAUGAGUUUUAACAUCAAAUAUUAUAUUAUUCUAGUGCAGUGGUUUGCAACAUUUUGUCUUUGACCAUUGCCAUACUUGAAGCACAAUUAAGCUAACUCAUAUUAAAUGAUGGCCUGAUUAUUACACGGUUUCUGAAGGUAUAAUCAAAUCUGAUUUAAUGUUUUGUUUUAAUUCAUGUCAUACACUACCCAUAAAAUACACACACACACACACACACACACACACACACACA